CUCGCGCCACGUCUCGCGAGAUUUCGCCUGGAGGAGACUACAAGAUGGCGCCGCGUCGGCAGCUGUGAGAGUCGAGGCGACUCGGCCCCGGCACCAGCAACAGCAGCAGCGGCAGCGGCGGCGGCGGGCGGCGCGUUGAGUGGGACGCGAGCGAGGUGCGCGGUCCUUCAAAAAGAAUGAAUCAUUCGCUUGACAACGCCGUUUCCUAUGAAGAGCUGGUGCGACUGAAGGCGCGCGCCAUCCCGCAGAACCGCAUGAAGGAGUUCCUGGACUCGCUGAGCGGCAAGAGCCCCGAGGCACUGCAGCAGUUCACGUCUCCGCAGAUGUACCAGGCUCCGGGGCACUGCAUCUACUCCGAGAACGCCGACGUGGCCGGCUCCUUGCUCGAGCUGGCCCGGCCCAUCAGCUCCCCGCUGCAGCAGGACGGGCAGCCGGGCGGCCAGUCGCCGCAGAUGCAGCUGCAGAUGAAGCAGCAGCAGCAGAUGCAGUGUCCGAUCAGCGGCCUGCAGGCUGAGUCACCUCAGGGCCAGACCAAGCAGGCGCACCAGAUACAGUUGCAGCAAAUCCGAGAGGUGCAGCUCUCGCAGCAGCUGACGGUGCAGCAAGUUCAGCAGCUGCAGCAGGGCCAGGCCGUGCACGCGCAGCAGCAGCAGCAGAUGCAGCAGAGCCACGGUUCCCCUCCCCAGGGCGGGUCACCGCCUCACGAACAGACAGUGGCCAAGGUGGGCGAGCGGAGGCCCAGCUCUUCGGGCGUUCCCCAGCCCGUCAAGAAGCGCAAGGUGGACAUGCAGGCGAGCGUGUCGUACACCAUCGCGCAUCACCACCAACAGCAGCAGCAGCAGCCCAUGCACAACGCCGUGGCGACAGUGCUGACGCUGCCCUCGCAAAACCAACAACAGCAGCAGAAUUACAUCCCUGUGCAUCAGGAACUACUGACGGUGGACAGCAGCCAGCUGUACGCCUCCAACGCAAUCUCGCCCUCGCAGACAGAAACGUGGGCCAUUUACACGCCACACGCGGGCGCCUGUGGGGAUGCACAGGGCCACACCAGCCUGCCACAGGAGGCUUACAGCAUCGUGCAGGUCACCCCCGGCCAGGCCACCGUGCUGGGCCUCAGGGGCCCCGGGGUCGGUGCCGAUGACAAAGACAACCCGUCGGUCGUCUCGAAAACGACGCAGGAGGUCAUUCACGCCAUCGGCACGCCGGUGUUCGCCUCGCAGUUCGUCAACGGUAGCAUCCAGCUGCCCGUGGCCGUGCAGGCCGGCGGGAACAUGUACACCUCGCAGGCCACCCAGUACUGGGAGCCCCACCAGCAGCUGCAGGUGAGGGGUGGUGGGUGGGGGGGGGCCGCGGUCCAUUGGGCCACGCACUCGACGCUCCCGUCACGAGCGAGCGCAGUGUGGAGUGGCGUCGAACGAGAGACCGCAUUGCCCCAGGCCCCCUCGGAGCAGCCGGCGCCCCCCGCCGUGGAGCUGGGACAGCCAGAGCCGGCAGCCCCCCCGGAUAUGAUCCUGGACGAUGCCCUGAAGCCGGAGGAGGGGAUGGCCUUCUGGAGGCAGUGGGCACAGAACAAAAACGCCGAGAUCACCAAGGAGGCCAGCAGCAAGCCCCCCACCAGGAGGCCGCCGUUGAAGUUCAAGGAGGAUCUGCUGUCGGCCGCGGUGGCCGAGCUCAACUACGGCCUCUGCCUGAUCGCGCGCGAAUCUCGCCGCACUGACGGCACGCCCUACCCCUCCGAUGCGCUCUACCUGCUUUUCCUCAACAUCCAAAAGUUCAUGUUCGACAAUGGCCGCGUGGACAAUAUCUUCACCGACCUCUACUACAUGAAGUUCACAGAGCAGCUGCACGAAGUGCUCAGGGACUGGCAGCCCAAAGUGAGCCCGCUCGGGUUUAUCAUUCCGAGCCAAAUCACGGAGGAGAUGCUGUGGGAAUGCAAGCAGCUGGGAGCUCAUUCCCCAGCCACGCUGCUCAACACUCUCAUGUACUUCAACACAAAGUACUUCAUGCUAAAGACGGUGGAGCAGCACGCCAAGUUGGCGUUCUCGCGCGUGCUCAAGCAGACCAAGAAGAACCCUAACAGCGUGAAGGACCGCACGGCCAGCAUCCGCUACCUGCGCAACUACGGGCAGAUCCAGGCCGGGCAGAAAAUCACGGAUGACAUGUACGCCGAGCAGCCCGAGAACGUCGAGAACCCACUCCGCUGCCCAAUCAAACUCUACGACUUCUACCUCUUCAAGUGCCCCCAGAGCGUCAAGGGCAAGAGCGACAUCUUCUACCUGACGCCGGAGCCCGUGGUUGCGCCCAACAGCCCCAUCUGGUACUCGGCGCAGCCCGUGGGCGCCAGCGGAAUGGAGCAGAUGCUGGCGCGCAUUCUGUUGGUGCGGGAGGUGCAGGACGCUCACUCGAGCGCCGGCCUGCACUGAGACGACGGCGGCAGCAGCAGAGGAGGCUGCGCGCUCGGCCUUGCAUGCAGCCCGCGGCCGGCCCCGCCGCGGCCACGCGACGGCGCCGCGGCCUCCGUCGCUGUGCGGGACAGGACGACGCCUCGCGCCGACGCGGCCGUGGCUGCCCGUGGCGGAAGGGGCCCGGUGAACCACCGCGGCCACCCGCACUGCCGCCAAGCCACCCCCCUCCCCGUCCUCCGCCGUCUCGCGCCAGGCGCGGUGCGGCCGUCGACGGGCACGGGCGUUUGUCGAACGGUCCCGGACACGGUUAGGGUCUCUUGGCGACGCUCUCUCGGUCAUGUGUGCGGCGCCCGACGCCGUGCUGCCCAGCGAAUCGAUACGCUCCCCCAUGUCGGCGCGCGGGGACCCGGCUGCUUCUGACGGGGAUCGGCGCACACGCGCGGCUGUCACGCAGGAAGAGUCGGCGCCGCUUGUAUAUAACCGCGCGGUGCCGACGGCCCCCCACGCCACCCCACCCUACCCACCGCCCGUGCCGCCAGGAGUAGGUGAGUAUUGGGCACGGAGCGUGGCCCCGAUGCAUGCAUUUUACCGGUGGCGCCAAGAGGGCGGCCCCACUCAGCCGUGUGCCGUCGGCUCCGCUCUUAAGUGUUUUCCGAAACGGCUGCCUUGCUAACCGCUUCUCUUCUCCCCCGUGCUUCUGCCGCUGGCGGGUUUGUAACGACCCCUUGCACCUUAGUCCGACAUGGGCAGGUGGGGGGGGGCUCUGAGUCCCCCCUCCCCUCCGCGGAAUCACAUCGAGAUCCGCGUGUGGGUUCUGUACUCCCCCGCCCUUCUAUUUUUUUUUACACUUGCUGAGCACAGACCCAAACGGCUAGCAGCAGCAACAAACAUCGCUCCAAUAAGAAUCGACGUGUUUCUUGAUUUGAGCAAUGUUACCGAUAUUAGAGCUUGGGAUAAGAGACAGUGGGGAGGGAAUUCCAAAUUGGAGCAGUGCGAGGAAAAGCAGAAAGAGAAGUGUUGUGACCUGCAGGAGUAGUUGGGUGGCUGGGUGAAUGGGUCGGUGGGUUGGCUGGGCGAGUGGGUGGCUGGGCGAGUGACCUACGGUGUGGAUGAGGUGAAGCCGUCCCUGUGGAGUGUUUGCUGUGGGAGAACCUGGGAGGGGUGCGAGGGUUGCCCCCAUCUCCCGGCAUCAGGGCUGUACCUGCUCCCCCACCAACCACCCUCUGCCUCGUGUUCAUCCCCACCGUGAUCAUGCAAUCCCCAAUGACAGCACCGCAGACACAGGGUCCGAGUGGAAGCCAUUCAUCCAGCGAGACACCACGCUCGUUAACACUACAGUGUGCCGCGAGCCAGGUGGUCGUGUCGCAGCACGGGUUAUGCUUUCAGUGGCUGUUCUUGACAGCUGGUGUUCUCGCUCCCCCCCCCCCAAACCCCCUCAUCUGCAGGGUGUCCCCUCAUCGUACAUCUGGGGCCCGCGUGGCUGACUUGUACAAUAAACUUGUGGCUUGACUAAAUCUGAUGGUAAAGGCCACUGCUUCUUAGUAAAUCUACUCGAACAACUGCCUCCGCACGGGGCAAGCGGGCGGGUGGCCAACGUGGGGGGCCCCCGAUGCUUCGUGCGCUCACAUUGGUUGGUGGCCGACAUAGGUGACAUUCCUAUCGUGGCACGAGAGCCGUGUUUCUAAUACAUGUAUGAAAAUAUUUUUAUAAAGUUAUUUUGUAACCGUUGAGUAGCUCGCAAGGCAAGGGUGUCCUUCCUGCUGUAGGCCUCCUGGUGGUGUGUUUUCCGUGUAAUCGGUUUAGACGCAUACAUGUAAUCCUAAUUAGUUUAUCUUGUGUAAGUUUCAAGGUAAUAAAAGUUCGCCGAGUUUGCAAAUUAAAGUGAUUUCCCAAGCGCA